AUGCUGGAACUUCGAAGUGAGAGUGCUUGUGUUUCGUCGUCGUUUACAGCUCGUAGUUGUAAAUUCGUACGCGAAUUUAUAUCCACGUACUUACAUACACGUAUCUAUAUACCGAGAUAUAGAAUAAGAAAAGAGGGCUCCGUUCGUUUAUGUACGAUUGUCGUAAACAGGUGGACGUGUCGAGGUUGCUCGCCUUCUUGCACGAAACGAGAGCGUAUAGUGUAUCGGACGAAAAUAGUAUCAGAAAUUCAAGAGUUUAUUUGAAUUUCCCGAGACUUCUUUUACACCGAUAUCCAAGAGUACAAACUGGUGGCGUGAAUCCGAUCAGAAACGGAAGAGAGAAUUCGGUAGAGUGGAUCACGUAACCGAAACAUGUGUCAGCCAGUUUUUUAACCACGUUCAAACGUGGUCACUGACUGAAACCGGAAGUCGAUUCUACGAUGGAACAGUGUUGUUCAGACUCGAUUAGUUGGUAAGGUGGAUCGUAUAGAAAUCUGGGUUCAGAUACAUUCCUCCUUUUGAGAGAAGAACCAGUGACGAGCAAACGAAUGUACAGGACGACGAUAGAUUGGGAGGAUGCACGAUUGGCUUCUUUGGACAUGGGAUAGAUGAUAGAUAACGAAUGAUGGGGUGGUAGAAGAAAGUUGAGACGCAACAUGGAUUGGGUGACUCGGCUCAGGUAGCCAGAGACGAGAAAGUCCACGGCGACCGGGGCGAAACGAGCCCCGAUAGCUAAGUUCUUUGGUCAAAGACAACUGAUUUUGUCAGAAGGAAACAGAGAAAGUUAUGUUAAGAUACGCUCUUUCUACAAUAUAUACCUACACAUACAUAUACACAUAUAGCUGCCCUUUUGAAAUCGGUUCCAAAGACUGAUGAACGUGUUAAAAAUCAGUUGGUUUAAACUGGUGAUAGCGUUAGUUGAAUGUAAGAGGAAAGUCUCUGGUUGAUGAAAAGACUGAAUUCGUUAAAUGUUUUAGACUUUGUCUUUCGCGUUUAUUGUUUCGCAUCUACAUACAAUACAUAUCUUUUGGGAUCUCGUGUGAUUAACAAUCUGCCUGCUUUCUUUAUACAUACAUACAUACAUACAUACAUAUAUACAUAUAUAUGUUUACACGGAUGCGUAUAAAAGAAAUAUACGUACAUGUACGUAUCUGUAUGUAGGUAGACAUGAAAAAGUUGUUUCGCUGCCUAAUAUGUAGAAGAAACUUGUAUCUUUGAACGACCACGCAAAUGUUAACGAUAGACAAUGAGGGCAAUGAGAACAAUUCUUUCGAGUUAAUUUCUUCAGAAAAGAAAUCUUUUUUUUUCUUCUUCUUCUUUUUUCUUUUCUCGAGCGAAACGAUUGUUUACGGAAAGUUGUAAAAGAAAAUUGAAAAGUAUUGGAAGUUGGUGGAAAGUGAAGUUCAGUGUGAGCAGCGUACGAGCACGCAACAAACCAGGAUGGGUUGUGGACAGAGCAAAAUCGGUAACAUCUAUCCGAAGAAUAAGAAGAACAAGAACAACAAUGGCAAGAAGAACGGUGAUUCUGUGGGCUCUGCGUCCGUGGAGCAGAAGAAUGGAAAUGGUAACGCGAAAAAUAAUAAAACAAACAAUAACGGGGUCGAGGUGAAUCGAAACGAAGAGCAGAACGGUUCUGGCGAGAUAAAGGGUCAAGCCAAGAAAAAGUCGAACGCACCUGGAAGCGGUCCUCUGUUGCAACAGGCAGAGAUAUCCACCAGUCAGCUUGACUUCUUCAAGAUGUUAGACGAGAAGAUCGAGAAUGGUCCUGAUUACGACGAAAGUUUGGACACGACUGCGAGAGCCGAACGAGUAUCUAGCCUUCUUCGUCAAUGGGAGCUUGCCAGCGUAACCUGGUCCAGCGUGUCCGAUCUAAACAGCACCUCUCCCUCUUGCACAACAAAGAAUCGUAAUUCUGGAUUGAACUUGUCCCGUCAGAGUUUGACUGCUAAAGAUAGAGAAGGUAUGAGAAAUAUAGUCGGUGGUAGACCGGAGAGUGCUCCGAUUUACGUGAGAAACGCGAAUCGCGUAGACGGCCUCCAAGAGACUCACUGCCCCUCGCCGAACAUGCCGAGGCACGUGUUGGAGUCCAUCACCCAAAGUCCCACUCAAAGUUUGAAGAACGUCACUCCACCAGGCUCCUCUCCUACCAGUUUGAUGCGUUAUCAUCAAGACAGCUACAAGGAUAGCUGCAACGCCAAUCAUCCAUCCGCCAAGACCGUCAAUGUUCACUAUGCUGCUACUCAGAAUCCCAUUAACGGAGAAUACGUGAGCCAGCAGGCCCUCUAUCGCGAACAGUAUUUACAACAAACCGGAAUCAUUAACGUACCCUCGCAAUAUUCGACUAGCUCGCCCGGUGGCAACGUUCUCAGGAACAAUCCGUAUAUGCAACAGUAUCAGAUCACAAACCCUCAACAUUUUACCACCUCUAGGAAACGAGGCUUCAACGCCGCUCAAAUGACGUGACCGGACUGACCCUGUACCAUCAGAUAAAAAGACUGACAAAUUAUAUCCUGCGAGAGAGCAAGAGAAAACGAACGCGCGAGCUGGACUCGAACUCUUCGUCGAGACGAUUCAAGAAGGAAGGAAGGAGAGAGAGCCUCUACAAGGCUGCAGACUGAUCGACACACGGAGAAGAAGAUACGGAUGUUUCUCUCUAUGUUCCUAAUGAUUCCGUACAUUUUUCGUUCCGAUCAAAACAGAUUACGAACAUAUACAACAAAGGUAUACAUACAUAUGUGGAUUACUGUCGUGGAAACAUGGGGCGAUGCACAGCAAUGCUGGACCGCGUCGUAACGAUGGCCUAAAAAGAUAUCGCGAUUGGGAACGAUAGACACAGCAUCGUCUGUUUCCUGGAAAUUCUUCUCAACUCUGCUAACAGAAUUCUUCGCUACAAGUGCCAAAAUGCUUUUCUAAGCAAUUCACUAAUUGUCACGGGAAAAAAGGAAGAGAUAUUAAGGUUCAUUUAUAUCCAACCCUACACUGUGCUGUUCGUUUUGGGUCUGAGACUUCCCCCUUUUACUUAUUCCUUUCACUUUCAUAGGUUCUACUCUUGAUGUUUUAUUCUACUUUGGUAAACUAUAUAAUUUUCCUCAGGAAAUUAUAGUAAUCGAAAUUCAUUUUGAAAUGAACGUGAAAGAGCAAAAGUCCCAGACGUGGAACGAAUGCGAUGUGAUUCAUUAUAAAUGGAUCUGUAGCCGUUGAACCAAUACUCCGUUCUUUGUAAUUCGUGUAAAUGAAACUUUUUCCACGUGUAUAUCAUAUACAUACAUAUACAUAUAGAUAUAUAUAUAUAUUUUUUUUUUCUUUUCGUUCAUUCUUGUAUAUUCGUCCUUUUUUUUUUCAUUCGGUAGAAUCUUUACAUACCAUUGAUACCAUUGAUAAAUGUAUAUUUCUGUAAAAGAAAAAAAAAAGAACCACACGCUGUAGCGUUUUGUAUAAUUGUAUAACUAGACAGAGGAUAUUUCCAAGAUAUAUAUGUACUUGGCAUAUACGCGUGUAUGCAUUUAUGUAUGUAUCCAAAAACGAAAAGAUGAAACGUGUUUAGGAGUCUUACUUAUAUACCGUGUAUAGAUUCAAUUGUAUGUAUUGUAUGGAUACAUUUAACUUAACGUGAUGACUGUAUAUUUAUAUGUUGACCAUGUUCAAAGUUAACGAUAUAUAUAGUUGAUGAUGAGAGUUUUAUAUUUCAUGUUACGAAUAUGCUCUAUAUUAUGGAAUACACUUGAUCGAAUUCGCUGCAUCACUGUCAAAUUUAAAACUACUGUGCAAAUUCUUUUCUCAUUUUUUCUCUCUUCGGUUCAAUAACCUGUGCUAUUUUUUUCUUUUCUUUUUUUUCUUUUUUAAAUAAAUUUAUCGUUUUUUUCCCCCCAACAAAUGAAAUGUAUACUGUCGAUUGUCGGAUGCCACGGAUUUUUAAAAUCCGCCAAAAAAAGAUUACCGUAUGUAAAUUGAAUAAACAUUAAAAAAGUCAGUAUACUUAAAAGUGUCAAACUAAUAA